GAGCAUUGAGUGCGUCGCCACAGGCGCGACGUAAAGUUGCCUUCUUUGGAGGAGAAACCCGUGCGGCGCGUGCCUCGUGUGCAUCGCGAGUCCAUCCUGAGUCCAUCUCUAAGUCUCCGAUACCAUCUCCCUCAACACUGCAGAGCUGCUCUCACUUUUGGCCCAAGUGUCAUAAUGCCACAGUGGAUCGAUCAGCUUGAUGAUCUCAGCAACCGUCUAGACACGCUGGAUGGCGGUAUGGACGACACCUCUGAUGACCGUGACGACGGGGCAGCCUUGAAACAGACUCUACAGCAAGUAUGCGCAGUCGUCCGCGAGGCUUCGACACAGAACGCAGACGACUUGAAUAAAAUCAUAGCAAAGGCGGAAAGCAUCCUUAACAAAGGGGUCAAUCUCGCCUAUGGCGGGGACGGGCUGUUUGACUUUUUGCCAUCGUUCGCUCACGGGAGUGAUUCGGAUUUGGUAGAAGAUAGGAUGGGAGUUCGCGGUUUUGGCCAAGGACUCUUGGAUGAGUUCGUAUCUCUCUUCGGCAAGCACUUUACUCGCAAUGGAGCUGGCGGGAUCCCUGCUGAACUAAGGGGGCCUGCUCCUUGGAGUCCGCACAUGCAACCCCAUGCUAAAAGCACCCGUCUCUCUCGCUUUCGUUCGGGUGUCGUGACGUCGGUGACCGACGCUAUGCCACUUGCGCAGGCUAUCUACCAAGCUCGCUGCGAGAUCACUGAUGACAGUAUCGCAUCGCCCUCGAGGAUGCUGAUGUCGUCCGGGCAGACUUGUCUUGCAGUCAUGGGGGCGGGCGGAUGGAAGAACCGGGAUCCCAUCUUGACUUGCUACUUCCCAGGUCGUGACGACCACAUGCAAGAAUCAAGGAGCAUCUCUCCUGGUCUCUCCGAAGUUGCAUACACAAUGGCGAUGGACGAGGAGCGAAAGCUGGUCUUCGUCGCAGACAGCUACAGAGUCAAGUCGUAUUCUUGGGCGCUGGGCCCUGAUGCGUCACGCCACGAUAAACUUCCUCCAGUCCACACCCUCGACUGCGACAACUGUGCCGGCUGCAUAUCUGUCCUCCCUGACGGACGCCUCGUCCGUGCAGGAAAAGGCAAGGCAUACGUGUGGAACUUGGAUACUCUGGAAGAACAUGGGCCCAAUCAGAAGCGUAUUGGGAAGCGGCGAUUCAACUACGAGGACAGCUCGCGCGAUCAUGACACCGGGACGGAGAUUGAGGACUCGAAUGGGAGCACCGCACAUACGUCCAUCGCCUUUGCAGACUCAAAGUUCUACCCCGCUGUCUGGCAUCGCCACGCGCCGAGCGGACACAUGAUUUGCGGGACUAGCGGGCACCGCGAUAAUACGUAUGUAUGCACGUCGAUUGACUUGGAGCACGGUGGGCAAUUCGUGGCGCGAUACCUGGGCCAUGGCGGAGAUGUACUGGACAUAUCUACUAGCGACGGCGACCCCAAUGCGUUUAUGACGGGUGGCAGUGACGGCUAUGCGCGUCUGUUCGAUGUGCGACAGCCCCUCCCAGUCGUCACCUUCAACCACGGAGACGAAUCGGGGUAUUGUUCUUCGGUCGUCCUCAUUUAUCCGGAUGGAGUGCCCACUCUGUUCACUGGAGGCAUGAACAGCGAGCAGAUCAAGAUGUGGGAUAUCCGUGCGCGCAAGGCGGUGUACGAGCUAGCCACCGGAAACAACGCCGUAGCCAGCAUGGCCUGGGACCCGAAGCGAUCCACGCUCUAUGCAGCGACCGAAUGCGAGCGGAUGGACCGCAUGGGGUUCACCCAUGACUAUCGGCACGCUCGUAUCCCUAGGUGGGCUGACAUCGAGCGUCAUGACGACCCUGCAGUUGGCCCAGACGAAGACGUGAUAGGCGAGGAUGGGGGACAAAUGGACGACGAUGAAGAGGACGAAUGGGAUCGGUGCUGGCCAAAGAAAGCGUAUCACAACGAACGCUAUUUCGGCUACGCCUUCGAUGCAGGCGAGCAUAGGCUCUAUCGACAUGCAUUCAAGGAGGAUCCUGACCCGACCCAAUUACCUGCGUAUGGCCAGGCUACCGUGCAAGGAGAUUACUGGUAAGGACUCCGAGUGGAACUGCCUGCAAAUGUAAUAGUGUUCAACGCGACGAUUGCUCGACAUGUAUAAGUAUUGUUCAGACGUACCGUGUUUCUCAAUCACUCUAUUGCGCAUGACGGAAAAUAUUGCGUGGGUCCCGGAGGAAGUGGGUAUCGCACUGGGUCGCUUUGCUUUUGUCGUGUGCUUAGUACUUGACCACUCUAUUGCGCAUGACGGAAAAUAUUGCGUGGGUCCCGGAGGAAGUGGGUAUCGCACUGGGUCGCUUUGCUUUUGUCGUGUGCUACUUGACCAUUGUGCACCUGCUGGUGAUUCAACGCAGUGAACCGUCUUCUCUUCGCAAUUGAUCCUUGACAUGGCC